GGCGGCGGCGGCGGCAAAUUAGGGCCGAGCCCUCUCCGCCCGGCGCGGGCGCUCGCCCCCUCCCCUCCCCUCCUCCUCCUCCUCCUCGCCCCCCGCCCCCUCCUCAGGCGGCUCCGGCCCGGCCCGGCCCCGCCCCCUCCGCCGCCGCCGCAGUUUUCACCAGUAACCCAGAGAAAACCCUACGUGCCCAAUAAGAGCACUGACGCAUUGCAAGCCAACCUGAUGGCGUCCUCUACUGCUGUGCCUGUAGGAUUUCACUAUGAAACAAAAUAUGUAGUUCUCAGCUACCUGGGGCUCUUAUCACAAGAGAAGCCACAGGAGCAUCCUCCUGCUUCAACUCAAGGGACUCAACAGCCUAUGGCACAACAUGCUUCAGAGAAAGAGGCUUUGGAGAAGAUUAAAAUAGAAAUCGAGGAGGAGCUAAAACGUCUUGAUGAAGAGAUCUUGGAAGCAUUUACCACUACAGGAUUUGACUGCCACACUUCCCCAGUGUUCAGUCCUGCCAAUCCAGAGAGCUCAAUAGAAGAUUGCCUGGCUCAUUUGGGGGAGAAAGUGUCCCAGGAAAUGAAAGAGCAUCUGCACAAAGCAUUGGAGAUCUUGCUUAGCAAGCCAGUGACAUACCAAGAAUAUCGAGAGCGCACACAAGAGACAGCUGCUCAUGCCAGUGGAUGGAACAAGGUCUUGGUACCCCUGGUUCUGCUACAGCAAUUCCUCAUGGAGUUAACCAGAAGAGGCCAGGAACCAUUGAGUGCACUUGUGAACUUUGGGGUGACAUAUCUAGAAGACUAUUCUGCGGACUAUAUCAUUCAACAAGGAGGAUGGGGGACAGUCUUCAGUUUGGAAUCGGAGGAGGAGGAGUACCCCGGCCUGAUCGCAGAGGACAGCAAUGACAUCUACAUCCUGACCAGCGACAACUCGGGACAGGUGAGCCCCCCGGAGUCCCCCACGGUGACCACGUCGUGGCAGUCGGAGAGCCUGCCCGUCUCCCUGUCAGCGAGCCAGAGCUGGCACACGGAGAGCCUGCCCGUCUCCCUGGGACCCGAGUCCUGGCAGCAGGUGGCCAUGGAUCCUGAAGAAGUCAAGAGCCUGGACAGCAACGGAGGGGGCGAAGAGAGGAGCGAGAACAACUCCUCCAACUCAGACAUCGUCCACGUGGAGAAGGAAGAGAUUCCGGAGGGCAUCGAGGAAGCGGUGGUGUCGGCAGCUGCUGCGGAGACUAUGCAGGCAGCGUUUCCAGCCCCCCCUGCUCCUGUACAGCAAGUAAAAGCACCUCAAGCUGAAGCCGUGGCUGCCGAAAAAGCACAUCCCUCCGCGCUUCCGCGUGCAAAACAGGAGGAAAAGGGAAAAGCGGCUGAAGAGCUUGUUGAACCCGAAAUCCCCGCGCUAAGUAAACCUGUCCCAAAGUUAGCCCCGUCAGAAGAAAAGGCUGCGCCAGAACCUGAGAAAAUACUGCUGCCAGGGGAAACAAAAGCGGGGAAGGAGGGCCGUUUGGAAGAAAUAGAAGAGAAAUCCUCCGUGGCAGAGGAGAAGCCGAUCUUAUUGCCGGAAGGGAAAUCUAUACUGCUGUACGGGGGGGCUGCCGCCGUGGCCAUACUGGCUGUGGCGGUCGGGGUAGCGCUGGCGCUUCGAAAAAAGUAACAGAGCUCUCCGGAGGAGGAGGAGGAGGGAGAGAGAAGAGAGCCCGAUCCAAUUUUUGUAGUUGUGUUACCUAAAGGUUGAGCUGCCUGCUGUUUAAUUGGACAUUUGAGCAACGUAAUGGUGACGGGGUGAGGUCAUUCACUAAGCCUCCAGCUAUGGACAAUCACGUUUUUAGUAGAAUUGGGGCGGGGACUGGUUUUUCGUGAUUAAAGUACAGGGGUAUUUUUAAAAUAAUAAUAAUAAUAAUAAUAAAUUCUGCAAAUUUAAGGACUGAAGUGCAGGUGCUGAAGAAAGGGGUGCUCGUGCUCUAGGAACUGGAACGGAGAGCCCCCAGGGGAAGGGGAGAGCCAGCUGCUGCCAACCCCUGGAGUUUUUGGCUUCUCAGAGUGGCCGCUGUCGCAGCUGUGCUGGCUUGUCACUUCCCUUUGCGCCCCACGUUAGCCACCCCCAGUCCUGCAGCGAGAGGCUGGUCUCCCUUUUGUCUCGGCUUCCUCUCAGGUACUGCACUGCUCCUCGUAACCUCGCAGGUGCCCCCUAAACCCCCGUGGGAGAGUGCUUCUUCUUACCUCUCUGCUCACACCUGGAUUGGCCCCUAGCAGCUCCCGAAGCCCCCGUCCCCUACAGAUGCUGCCUCUCUGCGGCUGUGUUCCCUCCGAGCACCCCGGGGGAGGUUGGGGAAUCCCUUGGCUCCGCUCCUGCCCGCCCCCCUCACUGCCACCCCCCAGGUACCAGGCGCAAGGUUAUGCUGGACACGGGGCCGUUCGGUGCUGUGACACCAGCAAAGGUAUGGCAAAACUCUGUGUGAAAGGGGGGCUGGUGAUAUUCCCCCUGGGAUAUUCAGAGGUUAAACCCUGUUGUGCCCUGUGUCCUGCUGCGGUCUGCAUCGGUCACAGGUGAAGCUGUGACAGAACCCAGGUGCACGGAGCAGUGGCUCUGGUACCCGAGCAGAACAGCAUCUCCUGUUUGCCCACAGUGCCGCUCAGUGCAAUUUCUUUUGCGAUUCUGAGCCUGCCAUUGGCUAAAUUUGCAGGUGAGGAAGUUGCUUUGGAAAAAUAUAACCCCUCGUCCUGCAGUCACACCGUUUCCAACGCAUGUAGAGAAACCCCGAAGGUGUCACCGUGCACCAGUCACAUCAGAUCCAGCCACACGUGGCUCCUCCAGCGCACGUCUGUGUCUGGCCUUGGCUGGGCCGGAGCUGAGGUCUCCAGGCAGAAUUCCUGGUGCAUUGCUGAGGGUUUGUGCUGGCGCCGUGGCUUAGAGCAGAUGGAGGGAGGUGAGAGGGGACUGGGGAUAAUGCAGAAAUGGAAAUGUGAGCUUCCUGUAUGAGCUUACUCCUCAUAAAGCACAAACACAAGGUACUUUAUUUCUAAACGACGAUAGCUAGAGUAUUUCUCGUAACGAGCCUGUUUCUUAAGUAACCUGAUAAUCCAGAGAUUUUAGCAUAUUCUCUAUUUUAGCAUAUCCUUGCCACAUUUUCCUACCCCACCCCAUAUCCCAGUAUGCUGGUAAGUCAGUAAGAACCUGGCAGAGCCUAGGGAAUUUUUUUUUUGUUUAAGCUUUUUUGAGAGUGGAUUUUGUAGGAAACUUGGGCUUUGAACUGUGUGAGGCUGAAUGCGGAGAGGAAGGGCUGUUAGGUUUGUACUGCUGCCCGCUCGGGUGCGCUGGACUCCACUGUUGACCACAGAUGGCUCUUUUGCUUGUGUGUAAGAGGUGGCAGGUUAUCCUUAAAACAAAAGAAAGCAACAUAAAAACUAAACAUACACGAGGUUGUCAAAUAGAAGUGACUUUUUUUUUUUUUUUUUUUUCAUCUUUCCAUGUGUUCUCUCUCAUUGCUGUGCUGUGCCGGCCUUCAUCCAUCGUCCUCCCUCCUGGUACCUCAUGGGGGCUUUCCUCGCUCUGUGGAGAGGCGUCUGUAUGCUCCUUUUGUCACAAACGUGCAAGUUUACAGUUUUGCUUCGUUUCACGUGUCACAACAGUGUGUAUUGACGAGUGGUGUGCGCUGCGAGGGGAGGAGGCUGGUGCCAGGUGGCAAGGGCUGCUUUGCUGCCCGGCGAGGCAGGAGAGGCCUCCCCUCUGCCGCUUUGCUGGUGGCUUUGUGUCCUUCUCGUGUUAGCCCCAUCUCCUUGCUGGAGGUGAGGCAGCUGUUUGGGAAAUGCCCCGUCUGCAGCUGCUCCGUGGGUUACGCAGAAGUACCUAAAUCCGCUCGGUAGCAGGGAUGGGGUUUUUUUGGAUAUGAUGGAUAAUGUGUGCAAGUUGGGGAGGGGCAAGUUGUUCCUUUGGCUCUUCUCUCUAAGUGGUUGUUUUACUGGUAGCGUAGGCGAUGAGCACAGGACAGAUGACAAUAAAUCUACCAGGGAAAAGUCCCUGGCUUGCUGAUGUAAGAGCCCAAUGGGGCAUUAAGUCAGCAUCUUUUUCUGUAUGCAGCAGUUUGGAGAAGGCAGCAGCAGUAAGGAAAACAAAUGUGGUGGUGGUGGUUGGUAGGCGUUUUCAUGGUGGGGUGAAGGCCUCGAGCACCUGGUGCUUUGCAGCAUUUACUGGAGCAGCAGCUGCACCGCUUUGUGCUUGGUUGCGGGGCCCCUUCUUGUUCUUCCCAUCUUUAGGGUCUUGUAGAUUGGACAACUCAAGAAGCAUUUGUAACUUUUUCUCCCCAUCCCUCUGUGAGUUUAGAACUAAAAAUCUGUCGUGUCUUUCUCUUUUCUCUAGGAACACUCCACUUGCUAGCAGGGUUGGGUCUGGAGGUUGGAGUCCUGUGGUCAGAGCUGGACGGGCCCUCUGGCAGUCACCGGCGGGGCUGUGCAGGCUCAGGCAGCAGCGCUCUGACUGACCCCAGUGCCAGGCUGCGUGCUGCUGGGGGCAUGAAUUAGAACAUGGACAGGCUUUGUCCUGUCUUCAGGUAUGGUAAAGUCACCCCAGAUGGGGUGCUUCACGAUGCUCCCUCUCUUGCAGCUGGCAAAGGCAAGGCAGGAGCUGUAUUCUGAGGAAAAGGCAGAUGACAGAGUUAUUCUCAUGUGUGUUACUUAUCCCCUUCCCAGAAGUGCCUCGAUACGUCCUUGAGUGGCCUGUACCUUAACGAAGUAUCUACCUUAGACCCCUUCUUUCUUCUUCACCUUAUCCCUGGCUGCAGCACAUCGAGCUGAGGUCAAGCAAAGGGCUGGAGCUGCAAAGUGUGCAGGGCUGCCUCCAAACGGCCCUGGACACAGCCGGGACCUGGCUGGGCAGCAAGUGCAGUGUGUAACUGAAGUGAAGGUGAAAAGCUUGGUCUGGUCUCAUUGUGAUGAUUGUAGUAGACAAAAAUAAUUUGAGGCCGUAAUGCCUGCCCUACCUUCAGCCACAGCGGUGUGGCAGCACUAGCAAAGCCCCAGGCAGGCAGCUGUUGCUGGGCUGGCUCAAGUGGAAGCGCUUCUGGCAGCACAGGCUUUCAUUCCCUGAACCAGCAGCAGCUCCUGCUACACGGCAGCUGCGGGGGGUACGUGGAGCCCAGGCUGCAGCAGGACGCAGCGUGCCAGGCAGGACACACUCAGCUGUAGGUACGUUGUCCUCCAGCUGGUUGCACCAGAAAACAUUUCCAGUGAAGCACAGUGAGGGGAGGCGCGUUAUGGUGGGCAGCAUUUAAUCUACCAGUAUUCACAGCAGUACCGCCAGCUGCAGGUGGUGCCUGGGCUGUAGUGUUACCAAUACAUCCAGGGGAACCAGACCCCACCACUCAGCUUCACCGCCCCACCCAGCUGACUCCAUCACUUUUAUUCUAUUUGGAGCUGACCCCGUCUUGGUCUCCUAGGUGGGCUGAUUGCUUCCUCCUGGCCAGAAGUCCCCGGGUACGCUGUAGGAGAGGGGGAGCUGCAGUGGGCUUCCAGUGGAAGCUGCUUUUGAUCUCCCUGCAGUAUUUGCAGGGGAGGCAAGGAAACACUGUUGGUUUGGGCAGAACAAGCUGCAGAGGACGCAUCUGGUUGCUAUACCUUUAGGGGGUCUCUCCCCAUUUUUAUCUGGCAGUAUAAGCUUUCAUUCAAGCGGCAAGCUAAAACCCACUUGGUUGAAGUAGCAAAGUCUAAUGGGACUGAUGCUGAGGGGUGUGUGCUACAGAAAUCUUCCAGCAGGCUUCUGCUGGGUAUCAGCAGGCAGGGGCUGACUUGGGGGAGUUCAGGUUCUGUUCGCAAGAGGAGUGCCUGGGGGAAGAGAGCCUGAAGGAGCCUGAGGUCACCCCUUGCCCAAGGAACCGGUCAUAUUACUCCUUUUAAUAUGCAAGUGCAGCCCUCUUGGGGAAAACUGUCUAAAGCUUCUCGUGCCAUUUGGUUAAUAAAAGUGUUUCCACCUUUAAAAGAAAGUUCUUUCCGGCUUCGUUGUUCUAGGGUCAGUUUAAGUGAAGGGGUGUGUACCUUUUUCCCUCUGCCAGUGGGACACUGCUGUAAGACCAUGCCCCCAGGUUGCACUUUAAUAAAUGGUACAGUUUUCAAAAACAAAA